CCCUUCCAAGUAGGGUUAUCUUUCAAUAAUAUGGCUACUAUACAAGAUAUGGCGAUCACUUCGCCUCCUACGGACGGUAUCUCGGGUUUGAGCUUUUCUUCUCAAGCUGAUUAUCUUGCAGCUUCUUCAUGGGAUAAUCAAGUACGCAUUUAUGAAAUACAACCAAGUGGUCAAUCUAUUCCAAAAGCAUCUUAUGCUCAUGAAGCACCCGUCUUAUGCGUGACAUGGAGCAAGGAUGGUACUAAGGUAGUCUCUGGAGGGGCAGACAAAGCAGGAAGAAUGUAUGAUAUAGCAACAGGACAAACAACACAAAUUGCUGGCCAUGAUGAAGCGAUCAAAAGUGUAUUAUUCUUAGAUCAAGGACAACAAAUCUUAGCUACAGGGAGUUGGGAUAAGACAGUAAAAUAUUGGGAUUUACGUUCUCCUCAACCUAUUGGUACAGUGGUUUUACCCGAACGGGUUUAUUCUAUGGAUUCUCGACAACAAUUGAUGGUGGUUGGAACUGCUGAUCGACAUGUGGUAUUAUUCGAUUUAAAUAAUCCUACCACUAUAUUCAAGCAAACGAUCUCUCCCUUAAAGUGGCAAACUCGAUCAGUGGCAUGCUUUAUUGAUGGUUCGGGUUAUGCUAUUGGUUCUAUUGAAGGGCGUGUUGGAAUUCAAUAUAUAGAUGAUAAUGAACAAGCACGCAAUUUCUCAUUCAAAUGUCAUCGAGAUGAUUCCAAAAAUAUUUACAGUGUGAAUGAUAUUUCAUUUCAUCCUACUUAUGGUACAUUUUCAACAUGUGGAUCAGAUGGAACAAUUGUAUUUUGGGAUAAGGAUUCGAAACAAAGGCUCAAGACAUUUCCCAAUAUGAAUGGUACAAUAUCAGCAACAACUUUUAAUCGAACUGGAAAUAUCUUUGCUUAUGCUAUUAGUUAUGAUUGGUCAAAGGGACACAAAUUUGCAACAUCAAAUGAUUCUCAUCGGAUUAUGCUUAAUUCUUGUCGUGAAUCGGAUAUCAAGCCAAAACCAAAUAUGAAAUCUCGUCGAUAAAAUAGUAGUCAUAGCAGUAUCUUAAGCAUUAGUUUAUAUCUUUUCUGUAUAUUUUUUUUUUAUAUUGUAUUAAUCAUUCAUUGUAUUCUCUCUUUUUUUUUUAUAUACCAUUCUUAAUAAAAAGCUGUUCACGAUUGACUUUUU